AUGGCAGCGACCACAGUAGUGUCCUGGCACCUCAGAAAUGCCCGCCACAAACUUACCGCAAGUCUGACCAGGUUUGAGGAUUAUCCAUGCCCCCCUGGAUACUGGUGCCCUGGUAAAGGGGAUGCGUUCCUUUGUCCAGCUGGCACUUCCAGGAUCCGGCCUGGUGCAAAAUCAUUGGAAGAGUGUGAUCCCUGCUCACCUGGAUACUAUUGCCCGGAUCCAGCACAGACAGGGCUGCCUAACACCCAAGGAGUGCCUUGUAAACCUGGCUACGAAUGCCCAGCAGGUUCAGUAAAUCCAAAGCCUUGCAGGCCUGGCUUAUACUGUGGUGCUCACACGGCCGUGCCUUCCGUGUGCCCUGCCGGGUAUUACUGUCCUGAAGGAUCGUCAACAUACAACAGCCCUGAGCAGCUGUGUGUGUUUCCCUACUACUGUCCCCCAGGCAGUGCCCAUCCACUGCCUUGUGAAGGAGGGUACAUGGCCCUCAACUUGCCUGGUCCAAGGGAUUCAUUUGAGAAAUUCUGCAGAAUCUGUGAUGCAGGCACCUACCGUAGUGACUCCCUUAUCACGGCGCCCUGUCAGCCCUGCCCAGCAGGCUUCAUCUGCCCACAAGGCAGUGAGAGUUACCACAAGAAGCCUUGCCCCAGUGGCCAUUACUGCCCUCCCCUGGCAUCUGCCCCUCUGCCCUGUCCCCCGGGAACCCACGGGAGCAGCACCUUCGCAAAGCACUUAGAGGAUUGCCAGCCCUGUCCUGCCGGUACCUUCAACCAUCUUCCUGCUCAGGCUGCCUGUUUCCCCUGCGGCAGCUCUUCUUCCUCCCAGCCUGGUGCUACCAGCUGUACCUGCCGUGGGCUGAACCGGGCUUUCCAGCAGUCAGAUGCCUCCUGUAUCUGCCAGGCUGGGUACGUUUACUACGAUGAGAGAGGCAAGAAAGACCCUGAUGGCAACAGCGAUCAGGACUGCCGACCUCAGGUGGAUGAGCUGUGUGCUCCUGGAGAGGUCCGUCUAGCAUCUACACGCAAGUGCAUUUCUCCUGAGCGAUACGACUGCUCUCCUUCUUGUGGGCCUGCAGGUGGAGGGAUCAAUGCAGAGCUGGGCAUAUGUCACUGCAAGCAGUACGUCUCUGCUGAGGAGCUCUGCGACCAGCUGUGUUUGCUGAAAGCCCCACGGAUCUCCUUGGGGUUCGGCAUCAAUAGGGAGCUGCUUCUGAGGAUGAAUGAUGGAGAGGUGAGGGAAGUGGCAAACGUUCUGGGCCCAGAUGAACAUGUGCAGAAAAGCCAGCGGGUGCAUUUGGUUCUGUUUAGUCCUGGUGGAGUGCUGGGUUUUAUUGUCUCCAGCACAGAUGUUCUGGAUGCAUUUCUCACGGGAGAUUUUUCAUCCGAUCCGUUGCUACACAAAAGUCGUCGCAUCCCGAGGACUUCCUCCAAAGAUAGCCAUACCUUGCCCCUCAUUCCUAACCCGGUGGUGUGUUUGGAAGCAGGAGACACGAUCCUUUUCCAGCUUAGCAUCAAUUCCCACAAUCGUGCGUCCAGCCAUUACCCUGUUUAUCAGAAGCAGCAUCUAUAUAACAGCAACCCAAGCUGGGAUUUUGGACCCUUCCGAAGGCUAGACCACCUCAUCCAGGAGACUCAACUCAACAUCUCCUGGUUUGCCCAUGUUUUCCUGGAGUCUGGGACAUAUGUUUUCAGGGACAGGACCAUCCAGGAACACUUUCUGAUUGUGACUGUGAAUGAAGCAAAUGUGGGCUGUGACCCCAGAAAUGUGUCCUUCCAGCCUUCUUCUGUGUUCCAGCUGGCCAGACAUGGGGUUUUGAAGCAGCAGGAUCUGAACUUAGCUCCUAACUGGGCUGCUAUCACAGUGGUUCUCUUUGUUCUGGGCUUCCUAAUUGUGAUGCUGACAACCCUGGCUAUAGUGCUUCAGCCUGCUGUGCCCGUCACUAGCCCCCUGAAGAGCUGGAAGCCGCGAUGGAGGAGCCUGGGCGAGCCACACAUCCCACCAGAGUACAUCCUCCUUAAAGACAGCCUUCAGUUCUAUCAGACGGUUGGUCCUCAUGGUUCUGGAGCAGAUACUGGCUUUGGAGAGAAAGGAGCUGAGCCUAAUGCAGAAAAGCGUUUUACUCUGAGGGUUCUGGAGGAUUUCAGCGUUCGCACCCUGUACGAUAAGCUGGAAGAUCAGAAUUUGCACCUGGCAUCUCAGCUGGCCAAGCACAGGAUGGACGUGUUGGUGUUCUACAACGGAAUCAGCCAGCAGAUGCAAAGUCUCACGGACAUGGUGCAAGCGCUGGACCCUGAAAGCCUGAAAAUCUUUGCCAGGCAAAAGAUUUGUGAUCAUAAGCCUGCAGAGAGCAGCUGGGCAGCAGCGGGCCUUGAACAAUGUGGUGAACAUUGCAGCAACAACUUCCAAGCAGGUGCUCUGUGGCAAGAGGCAACAGAAUUAAUGAAAGCUCUGGAAAUGCUGCUUGGGAACGCUCUGUACAAGAACGUAGCUGUGAAACGAGAGAUGGAGCAGAAGGUCCAAGGACAGGAUACGGUGGCAGUUGUACCCUCACCGGGCAGCCUGGACAGCGAAAUUAAAUCGGAAGUAGUGGAAGGGCAGGAUCAUGAGCUGCCUCAGCUAAGUGAGCUCUUCAGUAGGACUGAUGCUUUUUUCAGCUUCCUCAGACAUGAAGAACAUGGUUUAGAUCCGCAUUUGGCUUAUCUGACUGAGUUGGAGGUGGAGGGCCUGAUAGCAGCUUCCCCCCUCGCCAAGACCCUGUGUGACAUCAAGCAAGCUUUGGUGAAUCUGCAGCAACGUUCAGACCUUCUUAAUCCAGCCAGCAACCAUCAAACAAGCGUGGGAAGCUCAGCCCUCUUCUGAGCUGCUGGAUUCUUGAGCCACAAAGAGGGAUGAAGCUCUGCUGCUGGAAAAAAAGAGGAGCUGCAACGCUGAGAGGAUUGAAGAGACGCAAGCAGAAGUAUUUCAUCUUCUGCAAAGUAAAAUAGCCACCAGCUCAUUUCCUGGAGAAACCUAGCUUAUCCCUGGCAGUGGCUAAAGGUGGAUUAUGGGAGAGAGUGCGUGUCUGUGGACAGAAAUAGAUGCAUAUUUAGUUAGAGAUGUGCUUGGUCAAAUAUGUAAUGAAUAAUCCAUAUUCUGUUUGUUUAACCUCGUUGAAAUACUGUCACACUUGUCUUGGAUUAUCAAGAAUUCGUAGGCUUGAGAAUGAAGCUGAGGUUCUUGAUGUUGCUUACUAAUUUUAUAAGUUUUCAUGGUUAAGUCAGUAAAGCAGAAAACACAUGAGGCCACCACACAUGAGGGUUGUAUAUGAGCCCCUACUUAUCGAUGCAUUCUGUAUAGCCUUUAUGAUCUCUGAUACAGAGGAUAUUUGUGAGGGUUUUUCAAAUAUAAUUUAGAUCCACACCUCUGUGCCGUGCCCAGCAUCUCUACAUUGUCUGUGACUGUUUUCAUGUCCUCAUGUUGAUCUUGGUAAGAUCUGCUGGCAGACCUUGAAGGCCUCUAGAGAUGUGAUUUUUCAGCAAAGAGUACAAUUAAACUAUUCCUUCUAGUGGUGCCUGCAGGGAUCACUGUAGCUGCUGGUGUCCGGUGCUCUGGGAGUCUGGUCUUUAAACUGAAAAUAUAUUUUUUAUUAUUUUGCCCUGUAUGAUGCCAAGAGAGCCUGGCUGUGAAGUAGGCUUUGCUUCUGGGGAACAGGAACGAAAUUGGAACACUUGCUCCAACUCUUUCUCUUUGCUCACUACUCCUUAGCUCCAGGUGAAGUGCAGCAACGUAAAACAUCUUGACUGGGAGCCAGCCCCGUACCUUGACAACCCCCACAGGGAGGCUUCAGCCCAACAGCAAAGCCUAUUCUCUUCUCAUUGCAAUAUUUACCGAAUUGCUUAUGUGUGAAGAGCCUUGUGAACCCACUCCUUCCUGGUUCCUAGACACAAAUCUGUGUGUACUCCUUCUGACUCCUUCUGACUUUGCAUAACCAUCGUGGGCAUUAAGAGGGGUGAGACGUCAGUGCCUGGGAGCCAAGACAGAAGGUCUCAGUUUUGCUUCCAUUUGCUGGUGUCUCUAGUGGAUUCAGAGGAACUGCAGGGUCUUUUGCCCUCAUCUACUCUUUCUGGUGGUUCCAGAUUUUCUGAGCUUGCUCCUCAAAACCAAAAGGUGUGUUUUGGUUCCUUUGCAACUUUACCUUGGGAGAAUUUAGGUACUUACUGACAACUUUGAAGGGACUUCCAUGAAUGGGAGGAUUUUAGGAAGCAGAACAUACCUAAGGCAAACACUAUAGAACACCUUUGGGUCACUCUGUGAUUACCUGUUCUAGAAUAUGGUAGUGAAAAAACUGUCGUCAUUUUCCCAUUGCUUUCUUUUUUUUAGGUUAUCAGCAGAUAUGUUUAUAACAGUACUACAUGGAGGUAAGCAUCAUCAGUCAUUUCUGUCUCUGAAGGAAACAAGGUACCCAGAGAGGUGAUAAAGUUAUCUCUGUGACUUGUGAUGCCAGGUAAUACUUAUAAAAGGCAGGGUGGAAGGCAAUAGUAAAUAAAAUUUGUUAAACUUUUCAUUGUAAUGAUUUUUCAAUUAAAACAGUUUUUUGGUUUAGAUCAAAACAAAGAAUGGAAUUUUGCUCCAAGUUUUCUUUUUUUCCCCCAUUGUGGUUUUCUUGACAAGUACACUUCAGCUAUAAGUAAACAUUUUUGAGUUUCAAAAUGUUUUGGGUAUUUCCCCGCCCCCAAGAAAACCAAAGAAUAUCAAUUAAAAGACCAGAGUUUCUCACAGCUUUUCUUUUCAUGCUCUGUUAAUAGUGCCUUGGAAAGAACAAAUACAAAGAGGAGUGGUGCAACCAUUGGUUUUGUUCUGGUUUUGAAGUAUUUACUGUUGGUAGGUCUUUUCGUAGUGGUUUAUGGAAUCUUCUGGAAGUCCAGUGCUGUCUGGAGUAGUUGUAAAGUCCCCUCACAUUCAGAAGGGUGCCAUUUCCCUGAGCCUGCUGAUAAGAGUGAUCGAGUGCAGGGUCACUUAAUUUGGAAUUGGGAGAAGGUCACAGGGCUGUUGGGUUUUUUUUGGUUGCUUUAACUUGUGCCUCUCUCAACAGAAAACAAAAAGACCCUUUUCAACAUUCAUUGCAAAGUUCAGCUUCUCUUGGAGAGCUGCUGUGGCUGUGAGAAGGAAGGUGAAAUAGAACUGGCAGAUGAAAAUGGCCAAGUGAAGAAUUUGCUCCAGAAUCAGGACCAGUACGCAUCACAGCUCCUGAGUGAGAGGGAGUUUUGUAUUUUACUCAAAGUCACACGACAUGAAGGCUCCCAAGAAGCUGUUUUUACACCACUGCUGAAAGAUCACAGCAUUGUCACUCCAAAGUUCCUGGCUAAAUUGGGGAAGAGGGAAGAUUCAAAAGUAUCACCUACCAGAGUGAAAUCCAGAAAAUAUGGCAAACAAGCAACCUUGCCUUUGGAGGUUCCACCCACAGAAGGUAAAAGGAGUCAUUCACCACAGGGCAACAAGAAUAAAACCGUGGCUUCCUCUUCCAAAGAAACUGGGACAUUCUAAUCAUGGCAAAUCAAAGGAGUUGCUUGGUACUGAGUUUUGGAGGCCAUCUCUAGGCAUGUUAGUGUAUUCCUUCAUGAAACACACAAUUUGUUGGCUUUUUUUCCAAAAGCGUACAGUAGUAAAUGCCUUGUUUCUUUGAGAAAAGAAUAGUCUCACUGAAAUAGUGGAUCAGUGAGUCACUUUGAAGCCGGGUACAUGUUUAAUAAGUAUGCCAAAUGAAGCCUUGGUUCUUGCAGACACUGCGCUGUUGUUGAAUCACGGAAAUUGGCAGAAGGACAAGCUGCAACACCGGGUUGGUUCAUCUUUAACUCAGUAGUUUUACUUUUGGAAUUAUUGAAGUAGUCAAUUAACACAUCCAUAGUACUUUCAUCUCAACUUUUACCUGACCAACUUCUUUAAAUAACUUUGUAGCUCCUCGGGUGGGUCAUAUCUUACAUGGACUGGACCCUGGUCCAUCUUUCACAUACCUGUUGAAUCAUCAGUCCUCCUGAUUUGUUGUGCUAAGUAUUUGUAUAUAUACAGCACAAUGAGGAACGUGUUAAAACUGCAUAUAAAGUUUUAGAUAAUCUUGUAAAAGCUAUAGAUGAGUCUUUCUUCUUCAAGGUUCCUCUUAAAAAAAAAAAAAAGGGCUGUAAAAUCUAAUCAGUGAGAACAUGACUUUUCUCUGUACAACACCCAGUGAUACAUUGAUCUCAGACAAAUGCACAAACAAUUUUGAAGUUGCAGCACUUUUGUUGUUGAAAAUAUUUUGAAUUAAACAAAGAGAACUCCAAAAUGUAUUUUUUAACAGUGGCCCCCAAACAAGGAGAGAGCU